AUGGGUGACCAAAAAGAAGACGUAGAUCUUCGUUUGGAGUUUCUCGCCGAAUAUUUACUUCGUACGCUGAAACAGAAAGCUGAAAAAUGGUCCAAGUUUAUAACUAGUGAUGAACGGCAUAUAUUAUACAGAUUUUUUGAUAUACCUAAAUACGAAGUAAUCGUGUUUCGUAUGAGUACAGCGGGCUUGUUAACUUGUGCUACAGUAUUUCCGCCCAUUAGCAGAGGCAAGGUCGUAUAUUUUCUAAGAAAUGAACCUGAUAAAAUCACAGCUACAAAUUUUCGUACAGCUUUGACCAUCGGUGAACUGUCUGGGAAUGUGUUGAUGGAUUUGGGUGUUCUAGCGGAUGAAGUGAUCGGACCACUACUUUGCAACCCUGAGAAUCAAAAAGGAUGGCCAAAGAUAGUGCAGCAUGACAUGAAGAAGCAUGUGAAUGACUUGAGGAACUUGAUGCAUCAGCUAAGAGGCGAAAUGACUAGUCAAGUACUCUUGGCGAUGCCUGCUGGAGUAGAAGAUAUCUAUCUUGCGGAAUCUAGGCUGAAAGAAACCGAUGGGGAAGAAGUUGAUUUGUUUUUAAAGACAAACAUAGAAGGUGCUGUUAUAAAGUGGGCUCAACAAGUUCAUGAUUUAUUAUCUGAGGAUUCUUACUUGGCUUUCAAAAGAACUAAGUUCCCACUGCCACUUGCUGAUGUAGAAUUCUACAGCCACCGCCUGCGCAACUUGGAGGGUAUCUACUCGCAGCUGAGGGACCCUCGCGUCAAGAGGAUGGCGCACUACCUUGAAGACACACGCAGCGUUUAUCUCAGUUGUUUCAAGACUAUGCUGACUAAUGUGGUCGCAGCUAUUGUCGAAUGUCGCGAUAUCUAUGUUUAUCAAAGACCUUUAGUACCUCAUUUUGAAACGUUUGAAGCAACAGAUUUUUCGGAUAGCAAACCUCUCAUCAGGCCAAUGUUUCAUUGCGUUGGGUUACUUUGGGGAAAUUCUAGAUAUUUUUGCAAUGUGGAGAAGCUUAUACCGUUACUUCGGGAAAUGUGCAACUUAAUUAUACAGCAGUGUACAAACUCUGUAGAACCGUCGGCUAUAUUUCAAGGAGACCCGGAAGAACAGUUAUUGAAGAUAAGAAAAGCUAUAGGCACACUGAAUCAUUUCAUUGAUACAUAUGAAAUGAAUCGUAAUAAGGUGACAACGUUUUUUCCUGCUGGUGUGUUACCAGUGCGUUGGUCUUUUGACUUCGACCGCGUGUUCAUGAGGUUUAAUGUUUAUAUGAAACGCCUUAAGAUGAUUGAAAACAUUUUGGAGGCUACAGUCGAGAUUCUAAAGUUAGAGAAAGUUGAAUUUUGUGGACUUAGAGGCAAGACGUUAAGCCGUGAGUGUAUGAAGAUAUUAGACGAAUACCAGCAAAAGUAUGUGAUUUUAGGCAAUAUGACUUAUGAUCCAGCUGAACCUGAAAGUAACAGAUUUCUGGUGGACUAUGAGAAAUUUCAAGAUGUACUUGAAGAUACUGACCGCAAGCUGGCAUCCAUAUUCACACAAGGACUUGAUGAAUGUCAUAAUUUUGAGCAUUUCUUUAAGUUUUUUCAAAUUCUGGGUGAUUUGUUUCAUCGGCCGAUAAUAAAAAAUGAAUUAAAGCCCAAACUUGGCAGAUUAAUAAGUCUUAUGGAUAGCAACUUAGAUGCUGUCAAGGAAAUAUUUGAUGAGGAAAUGGCUAAAUUAGGCAAAGGGCCCGAAAGGCCAAUGGUAGAUAAUUAUCUUCCACCAGUCUCAGGUGUAAUAUGGUGGGUCCACAAAUUACGACGACGAAUUUUAUCUCCUAUGGAAGAUUUUAUAGUGUUUGAAGACCCUAUAAUAGAGUCGGAUUACGCACUAUAUAUGAAGCAGAAGACCAAUGAAAUGCUUGUUUACUUAAAUGCAGUAGAAGACAAACAAUUUAAGCUGUGGUGUGUCACUGUUCCACCCACUUGUAAAGUGCACCUGGCGAAAAACUUAAUUUAUAGAGACCCUCCUUAUGUCAGAAAUAAUUUCAGUGUUGAGUUGGCUAUAUUGCUGCGAGAAAUACGCUAUUUGAAAUAUUUAGAUAAACAAGGGAUACCAGCCGAAGGCCUUGAGUUAUAUGCGAGAAAUGAGAAAUUGCAGUACGAUUUAAAUCGUUUGAAUCGGGCUAUUGCAUGGUACAACGCCAUUCGAGAAGGAAGCCACGAGACGGAAGUAGCACUCAUUGAAAAAGAAAUCUCUGCCAUAGACAAUCUGCUCGGACGGGGCGUUGAAGAACUUACAUGGAACGAUGACUUUACGGAGUGGAUGGCCGAGGUAUAUGCUGCAAUCAAUACUCUGCAAGAACGAGUGUUGACUGCACAGAAUAACGUCAGAGAAGGUCUUGCUGACAUUGCGAAGUGGGGGGAUGUCCCCUUGCAUAAUCGUAAGGAAAAUCCUGACAAAAUGGAACUACUUGCCGUUUUAGAGCGCCAUCCAAGAUUCGUUAAAAGACGCAACAAGAUACUAGAGAGCUGGGACGAUUUUCAAGAUAUCUUAGAAGAAAAUUAUAAAUUAUUUUUCAACAUUCAUGACGACGAAGAUGAAGAAUCUUCGGAAGAAGAAUUAGAAGAAGUUGAUGAGUCAACUUUAGACGAUGAUGAGAAAGCGGCACGAGAAGCAAAGCUCGCUGCAAUAGAAGAACGUAGACUUGAAAAGAGAAUGGCUAAAGAGGAGCGUGACAGGAUAAAGGCUGAGGAAAAUGCGAUCAAGUUUGAGAGGCGAGAAGCACGCAGGCUUAAAAGGGAAGCAAAAGCGGAAGCAAAGGCUGAACGGGAUAGGCAAAGAGAAGCAGGCGAGGAGAUCGACUCACCGGAUGAAGAAGAGGAAGAAAUAACAGAUCCGGAAGAACUGGCUGACAUAGAAGCCGAAAGAAUCGAAAUGGAAGAGGAGGCUUUCAGAGCAGAGCGUUGGCCGGCUUACGUUAAAUACGUUGAUUCACUAGUUUCGAAACAAGUAAUGAAAGCCGUGCAGUCUAGUUUAGAUUUGUUUGAGCUUCAAACUAACUUGGAGAAGGGGCCGAGAGUAGCUUUUAAUGAAGUUAUAGCAGAGCUAAGAGAUCCAUACAUAUACUUCACUCCGUCAUUAGAUGUGGAGGAAACCGACGGCUUAUAUGAUACUAUGAAAGAGAUGAUGAAAGAUAUGUUUCUUCAAGCUACACUGUUCCCUAGAAUAGACCCUAUAGUGCCAAUAGCCACUUACGAAGAUGAUCUAGCUAACGAAGAUGCCAUGAUAGACCUGUACCAUGAAAUAUUGAAGAGAAUUGAAAAUAGUAUCCAUGAUAUUAUAUCGUAUUCUUCGAAAUAUGAAAAAUACACAUAUUUGUGGAUGGAGGACCGACAGGAAGUUCUUGCUGGCUUCCUCAAGUACGGACGCUUCAUACCACCUGAAGAGUUUGACAGAUACAGAUUUGAGAAUGGAUGUGAUCCCCCUGAGGUGAAACCCACACUAGAACAGUAUCAGAAAGAGAUUGAUAAAUACAAUGCUUUAUAUGACGAAGUAGCAGCAUUACCUCCUGAAUAUCUUUGUAACGGGUGGUUAAAAUUAGACUUGAAGCGACUGAAUCAAGCCAUUAAGAACAUCAUUUGCAAAUGGAGUAAUUUGUAUAAAGAAAACUUAAAAGAACAUGUUCAUAAAAGUUUGGACGACCUCGAAGCGUUUAUAGCAUACGCUACAAAAGAGUUGAACGUAGAAUUAGACGAUGACGACUACGAAGGAUUGCUGACUGUAAUGAGGGUACUUAACGAAGUUCGUGCUAAGCAGGACGCCGGCACUGACACUAUGUUUGAACCUUUGAGAGACAUUAUUGAUGUCCUCAAAGAGUAUGGUGUAGAAUUUUCUGAAGAGACUUACGAACAGCUGGAAAUCUUACCUGAGAGGUGGAGAAAUCUAGUGAAGCUUGCUACAGUUAUGAAAAACAAUGUGGCACCUCUGCAGGCUGCGCAAGCCGCACUCAUAGCCAAACGUGUUGCGCUCAUCAACUUGCGGCUCGUCAUGUACAGAGAACAGUUCAAAGUGAAAGAUAUAUUUUUGGAGUCUUGUAAAGAGCCUUACAGUAGUAUUGAUAAGAUUCACAUUGAGCUAAUGCAUUUUGAAGAUAUCUUAAAGAGCUUGAAGAAAUCGUCCUCUCUUUUUGACAUUCAGCCACCGGAUGAAAAGAAUCUCAAAACGUGUCAACGGGAAUUAAAACUUGCCAAGCAACUCUGGGACUACUAUUAUUUGGUUAUGGGAACUAUUGAAUUUUGGAAGAAAUCAUCAUGGAAGAAAAUUGAUGCCGAUGGCAUGGACCAGGAGUGUAAGCGAUUCACUAAAGAUCUACGACAACUCGAUAAGGAUAUGAGAACAUGGCAACCAUAUUUGUCAAUUGAAUCGACAAUUAAGAACUUGAUAACAUCCCUAAAAGCUGUUACUGAGCUCCAGAAUCCAGCAAUCAAAGAUAGACACUGGUUGGAAUUAAUGAUGCUUAUCAAGGUUAAGUUCCAUAUUGACGAUGACACAACUCUAGCAGAUUUACUUGCACUAAAUCUCCAUAAGUUUGAGGAAGAGGUGAAAACUAUUGUUGACAAAUCUGUUAAAGAGGCUGCCAUGGAGAAAACUCUAAAGGAAUUAGAGAUAACCUGGGCUCAAAUGGAGUUCGAGUAUGCGCCACACGAUAGAACUGGCAUCAAACUUCCGAAAACUACGGAAGAGCUCAUUGAAAUUCUUGAGGAUAACCAGAGUCAAGUGCAAAAUAUGAUGUCUUCCAAAUUUGUUGGUUUUUACGAGAAAGAAGUGACAGAAUGGCAGAAAAAGCUGGGGACAGCAGAUGCUGUAAUUACGUUGUGGUUUGAGGUCCAGCGAAAAUGGCAAUAUUUAGAAAGCAUUUUUGUAGGAUCUGACGAUAUAAGAGCCCAACUACCUGAGGACUCGAAGAGAUUUGAUUGGAUUGAUUCCAAUUUCAAGGUCAGACUCCUGUCGUAA